UCUGGAGCCAGACCAGUAGCUGUAACUUGGCCUGACAAAGCCUUAUUGAAGUAAGGACAGAAUGUGGUUUCAAAGCAGUUAGAGAAAGAACGGGAAUGCUGUUCAGGAAAUUCUUCAGGCCUGGGCAGGGACUUGGCUGCAACUCUGCCGUUGGAAAAUCUGACAGGGGCAGCUUCUGAACACAGGCUAGGCCUCGCUCUGCUCCGCAAGAGCCCUCUAUCUUCGUCUCUCUUUUCCGCACAUCCUGGGAGCUGGGAUUGUGCAUGGUUUUGAAUCUGCCGGAGUCUGAGAGACAUAGAUGCCUCAGGAACAGUACCCACACAGGAACAACAUGCAGAACUCAGAAGGACCACAGGUAUACAAAGUGGGGAUUUAUGGCUGGCGGAAGAGAUGCCUCUAUUUCUUUGUCCUUCUUCUAAUGAUUUUAAUUCUGGUGAACCUUGCCAUGACCAUCUGGAUUCUCAAGGUCAUGAACUUCACAAUUGAUGGAAUGGGAAACUUGAGAAUCACAGACAAAGGUCUAAAGCUAGAAGGAGACUCAGAAUUCUUGCAACCUCUCUACGCCAAAGAAAUCCAAUCCAGACCAGGCAAUCCACUGUACUUCAAAUCUGCCAGAAACGUUACAGUGAACAUACUCAAUGACCAGACAAAAGUUCUAACUCAGCUUAUAACAGGUCCAAAAGCAAUAGAAGCCUAUAGCAAAAAGUUCGAGGUGAAGACUGUCUCUGGAAAAUUGCUGUUUUCUGCCGAUGAUAACGAAGUCGUGGUAGGAGCAGAAAGAUUGAGAGUUUUAGGAGCAGAAGGCACUGUGUUCCCUAAAUCAAUAGAAACACCUAAUGUCAGGGCAGACCCCUUCAAGGAACUAAGGCUUGAGUCACCUACCAGGUCCCUGGUGAUGGAAGCCCCCAAAGGAGUAGAGAUCAAUGCAGAAGCCGGCAACAUGGAAGCCACUUGCAGGACAGAGCUGAGACUGGAAUCCAAAGAUGGAGAGAUCACGUUAGAGGCCGCAAAGAUCAAACUACCUAGAUUGCCUCAAGGAUCCUACUCCCCCACAGGAGCAAGACAGAAAAUCUUCGAGAUCUGCGUCUGCCCCAAUGGGAGGUUGUUCCUGUCUCAGGCAGGAACUGGUUCUACUUGCCAGAUAAACACAAGCGUCUGCCUUUGAGAGACAUUAUCUCGCGGACAUUGAAGGCCGAGAAAGAGCCUUUUGGGGCCGCACAGAUUCUGGCUGCCAACUAUUUUUACUAGAACACAGAAAGCCUAUCCAAGACUUUUUUUGUGUGUACGCGCGUGUGUGUGUGAGCGUGUGUGAGUGUGUGGGUGAAUAUAAAUAUAUAUAUGUAUAAAUAUAUAUAAAUAUAUAUAAAAAUAUAUGUAUCCUCUGUAUAAAAUUAGGUUUCAGUACAAAGGAAUCCACGGGUGGCCCUAAGCUUGCUUCUCUCCACCCCACAUCACAACUUCCCAGACUACUGAAAUGGAUAUGAUGGUCUCACAUCAUUUACCAUAAACAUCCAUACCCAUCUCCAGUUGUUACUCAUCAUCUUCUAAUUGAAAUGAAGGGCGGGUGGUUCAUCGAGCAUGAGAGGCAAAAAACGUUAUCUUUUUCUUCUAGCAUCAUUUAAAAAAAAAUUGGUUGUGGGAAUCUACUGACUACAAAGAGACCCAUGCAGCUAAAGGAUCUUUUGUGGAAGACCUUUUUUCUUGCUCUCUCAGGAGAGAGUCAUGGGUGUUGAAAGUCUGAUCUCCCUGCAGAAGGAGGUAAUGAAGGAUUUCAUUUGAUUGACUGUGAGUAAAGACUUGCAUUGGUACUUUAUUUGGGAUAUUUGGUUAUAAGUUUAAAGCCCAGCAAACCCUGAAAUAUUGCCAGAGUCCCAUUGUGUCUUUGCUCCUCCUACUGAUCCCUUCACCUACUGCUAGACCCCCUGGGACAUUUGAAAACCCAUCCACAGCCCUGGGGAAAGUGACAGUCCUUAAAAGGACAGCCAAACCAGCAAGGAAGCUCGAUCUGUGCAUCCAAAAGAUUAGGGUAUGAAAAUGUUCUUCAUUCCCUCCCCAUUUAUCAGAGAGAGUAGCCAAAAUUGGCUAGAGGAAAAACAACUAAAUCCAAAUUAUGCAGGUUAAUCUCACAAGGGAAAGUAUUUUGAGAUUAAACCUGACAGAAGUAGGUUAGUAAAUUUGAAAAUUUGCAGAAGGAAGUGAUGGGUGUGUGCAAUUGGCCCAAGUCGCCUCCUUGCAUUUUUUCCAAGAGUGUUAUGAAGUUUUCUGGCUUUGAUCUUCUUUGCUUGGAUCAAAAAUAAAAAAAGAAAACAUUCACGAUAUGAAGUUCAAUGGGCAGAAAAUUGAAAUAUUCCUCAUUAUUGGUCCUUCAACAUCUUUUGAGAUUGGGUGCGUUUUUUCUACCAGUGGCAUGAAACCUGGUAGGCAUCACUGUGACUUAGGACAACAACACUGUACUUCCUGCAAUUGAUCAGCUAAUGGCACCCACCAUCAUUCCAUCUUCAGAGUCAAGUCAAUGGGUCACCCUGGAUAGCCUUUGUACUGGGACACAGGACUGUACCAUCUCUGUUCAAAGAGGAGAAAAUGUGCCUAUGCCUUAAGUCAAUGCACUCAGCAAGGAGAAGCACAUCAUAUUUAUCUUGUUGUUAAACAUAGAUUAUUUUGGGUGAAUAGUGAAGAUGAAGAAAAUGGGUUGGGGUGGUUGGGGUUCUAAGAGCUGGUGAUAAAGCACUAGGCAAAUUUAAGCAAAUAGUUUUUAAAGGUCGAAGAAGAAAAAUGGACUUUGACCAUCUUUAAUGUUGACUAGUGAAACACUUUGUCCCCAGGACCUUAAUUGAAGUCUGGUUAAAAUCCUAAAAGAAAAAUUUCCUUCUUGCUUAUCUCACAAGGAUUCAGAUUAUUAUCCCCUCACCGACAGAGACCAACUUGAAACAUGCAUGUACUUGAUUACUUAGUCUUUUGCCAGGCAUAGCGCAGAAGGACCUGUUUUUUAUUUUUUUCUUACUGGUGGACAUGAUCAAGAUAUCAGGGCCUGACCCUUAAACCUCAAAAUUGGGCAUUUCUGCUUUCUCAAAGUCAGCUCUCAACCCUCAACCCAGAUGAAAGACAAAUCAUAGAGAGAGUUUUGUUGGAUUCUUUGAUGAGAGUGUUGAUGGGGGAAUUGUUUCCACUUAGUGGAAACCACAGCAGUAAUGUUUGAUAAUAAGAGUAUGACAUGGUAGAUAGGCAGGCCGGGAUUGGUUCCUGGAUGGAUUAGGGAAGAGAGAGAGAGAAGAGCUGGUGAUCUAAGAACACCUGGGAGGCCAAGGUCUCUGCCAUAUUUAGGUAAGGACAUAAGUAAUGUCAUUCUGGAUCAGACCAGUGGUCCAUCCCAGAACUCUGUCCCUGACUAGUGAUGCCGAAGGGCAUUUAAAGAAAUAGUGUGGUGGUUCCUCAGAUCCCCAGUAUAAUCUGUUCUAGUGGCAAUGUGAAAUAGACAGCUAUACCUCUGUUCUUUCAGAAGUUCUAAUUCAAGAAAGAUUUGGGAAAGAGAAUCAAUCAAGCAGUGGUAUUUAUUGGGAUCUCACUGUGUGCAGAGCACUGUAUUAAGCGCUUGGGAGAA